ACCACUUCUCUAUUUCUCUCUCACUCGCACAUUUGGCACCAACAAACACUAUAUAUCUCUCUCACACUGAGAGGAUCAGAGCUGGCAUGGGCCACUGUCAGAUGUGUGCUUUUCACUACCCCUCCACAUUCAAUUCCUUUAUCACUCUCUCACUACCACUCCAUUAGAGAGAGAAACAAACCAAACCACCCCCCCCCCUCUCUCUCUCUCUAUCAAUUGAUGACCCCCAAAAGAAGUAUUAUGAAUGGGCUGUAGAGGACAAUCAGGAAAAUGGGCUCGAGUUCUAUGACCGAGUCAGGGAGCUCCUCCUCCUCUUCGCCGCCCAACUCGUCAGCCGAGUCACUCAACGGCCUGAAAUUCGGCCAAACAAUCUACUUUGAGGAUGUGGGUUUUGGAGCUCAGCACAAAUCAUCAUCCGGUUCUGCUGCUGGGUCUUCCUCCGCCGGGGCUACGCCGCCCAAGAAGCAACGGGGCGGCGGGAAUAUGGGUCAGCUGGGUCAGCCGCCGCGGUGUCAGGUAGAAGGCUGCCAGGUAGAUCUGAGUGAUGCCAAAGCUUACUAUUCCAGGCACAAAGUCUGUGGCUUGCACUCUAAAACCCCCACAGUCAUUGUUGCUGGUCUUGAACAGAGGUUUUGCCAACAGUGUAGCAGGUUUCAUUUGCUUCCUGAAUUUGACCAAGGAAAACGUAGUUGUCGUAGACGUUUGGCUGGGCAUAAUGAGCGUCGUAGAAAGCCACAACCAGGAUCCAUAUUGUCUGCUCGUUUUGGCCGACUUUCUUCAUCUCUCUACGAAAACAGCAACAAAGUUGGAAGCUAUCUGAUGGACUUCACUGCAUACCCAAGGGUUUCUGGGAGGGAUGCAUGGACAACAACAAGAACGUCAGAGCGAGCACCUGUUGUUCAAAAUGCCAAUGACGCAGGGAAGUUUCUCCAACAGCCGUGGCAGAGCAACUCUGGGAUUACUACAUCCGGCUUUUACAUGCAAGGUUCAGCAGGCGGGACUAGUUAUCCUGGUCCUGGAAUUCCUCCGGGAGAAUGCAUCACAGUAGCCACUGACUCAAGCCGUGCUCUCUCUCUUCUGUCAAAUCAACCAUGGGGCUCUCGAAACCGAGUAUCGGGUGUCGGGAUGAAUUCCUUGAUGAACACCCAAGGGAUACCUGUGGCUCAACCAACCCCUCAUGCUGCGACCUCCAAUCACUUUCCGACGACUUUGUGGGGUUUCAAAGGAAAUGAAAAUGGUAGCAGCUCGCACGAAAUGCUUCCGGACCUGGGUCUUGGUCAAAUCUCGCAGCCGCUUAGCAGUCAAUACUCUGGUGUGCUGGAGCUGUCUCAACAGGGUAGGAGGCAGCAACACAUGGAACUCGGACACACCAGGGGCUAUGACUCCACCAGUCAGCAGAUGAACUGGUCACUUUAAAAACUAUGGAUUCUGUUUGCAGGUUUUAUGUCUUGAAUGGUAGAACCCUGAACGGACUAUGCUGUUUGUUAAAAGACUAAUUAAGAAGAAUAUUAUCAUAAUCUAGGUUAGCCUUCAAGGCUUGAACUUCCUACCUAGCAAUAAAGCUAAUGUUUGGAUUUUGGAUAUCCUUGUGAUUAUUAGUGGUUUGUGUUUUUAUUU